AUGGUGAAGGGAGUGGUGGUGAAGGGUGGGGCUCUGACACACACUGUAUCACAUCUUCCAGCCAUUACAGCAGCAUCACCGUUCCAGGAUGACUGCUCGAGGGGUGCGUGUUACCCACCCAGCGAUGACCUGCUCCUGGGCCGGGCUCGCCAGCUCCAAGCAUCCUCCACCUGUGGUCUCACCGGCUCCGAGGUCUUCUGCACACCCUAUCAACAGAGGGCUAUGAAGUGCUGCCCAUGUGACUCCAGGAACCCAAACAGCCAGCUGGCCCACACUGUCCAGGAUGUCCUGUCCACUUCUAGACCAGAUAGAUGGUGGCAGUCCAGGAAAGGUGAGAGUCCAGUCACUCUUCAGCUGGACCUCAAUAAUCUGUUCCAGCUUGACAACCUGAUGCUCAUGUUCAAGGGUCCUCGUCCCAGUGCUUUGGUCAUUGAGAGGACUCUGGAUAACGGCAGAACGUGGCAGCCGGCUCUCUACUUGGCUACAGAUUGUGAACAGGCGUUUCCUGGUGUCCCCACAAGAACUCCUCUCACUCUGGACCAGACUUACUGCUACACACUGCCCCCUACUGGAACAAAUCCCUACCAAGACCACACAAUUGAGUUCAGUCCUUUGCGUCAGUAUGCUUAUGUCCAAGCUCCCAACAGCCAGAAAAUUGAAGAUGUGUCUGGGCUAACGGGGCUGAGGGUGAGGCUGACAGAGCUGGGCGAUGUACCUCGUCUACCCGGCAGAGCUCUCAGCAAGUUCUACGCCCUGAAGGAGAUGAGGGUGAUAGGAAGCUGUAUGUGCCACGGACACGCCAACCGAUGCCUGCCAGAAGAAUACAACAGCCCACUGUCUACUAACGUGAACCCUCGCUGUGACUGCCAGCAUAACACAGCCGGUGUGAACUGUGAGCGCUGCGCUGAUCUCUACAAUGAUCUGCCUUGGAGACCUGCAGAGGAGGGCAACACCCACACCUGCAAACGAUGUGAGUGUAACAACCAUGCCCAGCGCUGUCGCUUUGACCAGGCAGUGUACGAAGCCAGUGGGUGGAGGAGUGGAGGUGUGUGUGAGGGUUGUAUGCACCACACCACAGGGCCCAAGUGUGACCAGUGUGCCCCAGGCUACCAGCCCAACCCUCGCAGCCAAAUGGACCGUCCCGAUGCCUGUAUACGCUGUAUCUGCAGUGCUGAGGGAACAGUGGAUGGGGGCCGUUGUGAUGACAGUACCGGCUUCUGUCAGUGCAAAGUCAACGUAGAGGGCCCUCGCUGUGACCGCUGCAAGAGAGGAUACUACGGCCUGAGCAGCUCCAACGCUCUGGGCUGCACCAAGUGUUCCUGUUCUCCAGAUGGCUCAGUGUCAGAUGUGUGUGACCCAGUGACUGGUCAGUGUCCCUGUCAUCCCCACUUCCACGGCCUGAGCUGUGACAUGUGUGCAAAAGGCUACUGGAAGCCAUCGUUGUCAGAACGCUGUGAACCCUGUGGCUGUGACCCCACCAGGUCAAAGAGUGACACCUGUGACCAGCUGACAGGUCAGUGUCAGUGCAGACCAGGCUUCGGAGGUCGAACAUGUACCGAGUGUCCAGACAACACUUACGGAGAUCCUCUCAUCGGCUGCCAGCCAUGUCAGUGUGAUGCUGAAGGAACCCUUCCAGACUUUUGUGACAAGCAGACGGGGGUCUGUCUGUGUCGGCCGGGCAUCACCGGGACUCGCUGUGACUCCUGCGGUCAGAACCGCUGUGACUCGUUCCCAGCCUGUGAGCUGUGUCCCUCCUGCUUCUUCACUCUCGAUGUUCAGCGUCAGAAUCUCAGCUUAGCCCUUGAAAGACUGUCUCCCAGAUUCCCCACUCGUCCCGGAGCCGGUGGUGAUCUUGGAGCCUUGGGGCCCCGCAUUUUGGUCCUAGAGGCCGGCCUGAAGCAGAUCCAGGACUCCAUCUCUCUUCCACCCAAAACUGCGGGACAGAUCGAGGAUGCGCUAUCCCUGCUGGACAAGCUCCGGGACCAGAUGAACCAGGUUGAUAAUGGCCUCUCACCCCUGACAAGAACUCCUGGUGUUGACUCAGAGCUGGACAGAUUGCAGGCUCUGCUGGACAGCCUCAUUCUGAAGUACAAAGCUAAGAAGGACGGUCUAGAGAACUCCAUCACGUCCAACAACGCAGGAGCAUUUACAGCCAUCAAGAAUGCAUACAAUAAGUCAACUGAUGCUGCUGACAAAGUGAACAGCAGCAGAGACACAGUAAAGGAGUCGGCUAACAUCAGAGAAGAGACUACGGACAUUCAGGACCAAGUACAGCCAGAAAACAUCAGAGAUCUGGACAAACUAAACCGCAGCAUGGCCUCCCGGCCUGACCUUACUCCUGUUGCCAAACAGGUGUGUGGUAGUGUUCGCUCAAAGCCCUGCACUCCUCUCCAGUGUGAGGGAGGAGACUUGUGUCCGCCAAAGGGAACCCCACCUUGUGAGAAAGGGGUGAAGUGUAUAGGUGCUCUGCCUCUGAGCGAGAGGGCAAACACUGACGCUAAGGAUGUGAAGGACCGACUGGACAAGCUCAGUGGGAAGAUCACCGAGGCUGCAGAGAAGCUCCAGAAAACACAGGAGACCACCAAUCAGCUGAGACAAUCCACAGAGAAGCUGUCCAGUAAGAUGAAGCAGGCCAGAGACGAGCUACAAGAUGACUUAAAAGAGACAGGCGACGUUGUGAAAGCACUAAAAGACUUCCUAUCAGAUCCAUCUUCCAACCUGACCCACAUUCAGGAGGUGAGUGAUUGGGUCCUGAAAGCCAAACUUCCCCUAAGCCUAGCUGCUUUGAAGAGGAAGCUGGAGGAGUUGAAGGAUCUGGCAGCCGACCUACCAAACAGCACAGCCGUGCUGAAGGAUGCCGAGCCGCAGUUAGACAUCGCCAGGACACUGCUGAAGGAGGCCCAGGAUGCCAGGGACAAAGCAGUGGGAGUGAAGGCUGACGUAGACGGGUUUAUAGCAGGCUUACAGUCAGCAGAUGGCCUCCUCUCUGACCUGGAGGAAAAACUGCAGAACAGCAUGGAUCUCAUCGACAACCUGAAUAACAACCUGACUCAGGCCAAAGACCAACUGAGCCCAGCAGAGAAGGCUUUGGAUGAUAUAUCAACACUCAUAAAGCCCAUGAAACCUUCUCUGAAUGACCUGAAAGAUGUGCUGCAGAAUGCAAACAAACAGGCCCAGGAUGCACAGGAAACUGCAGACAAAGCUGAGGAUGAAGCAGCUGCUGCAAAGGAGGACCUGUUGACUUUGGAGAAGAAGCUAGAUCGCCUUAAAGCUGAAGGUACCACUGGGUCAGGUGUAGAGCCGGGGCAGUUGGGGGAUCGACUGACAAAGCUGCAACAGGAUGCUGGAGCUCUGGCUAACACCACUGACAACAUGAUGAAGGCCCUAGAAGGAAAAGCAGAUUCCCUCAGAGGGCUACAAGAUGAAAUCCUACAGAAGUCAACCAAGCUUGAAGGACUUGAUGCCAAACUUAAAGACCUUCUGGCAAAACUUCGAAAGAAAGCCAAUGAUCUCAGCACCUGCCAGGGCUGAGAGUCAUCAUGUGCAGAUGUCACUACUACACCUCAUAGACUGUCACUGUCAGUUUUCCUCCUCCAACAUUUCUCUAAAGUAUGAACCCGAUUUUAUUAGUGAUUCAGACCUGAUGUAUUCCGUCUGCAGUGGAGACAGUCUGUCUCUGCAUGGGGAACAAACAAGGAUGCCUUCAUUUGAAGUAGUUUUAAAUAUGAUUGAAAAUAGUAAUAACAAAAUGAGAUUAUUAUUAUAUAAAAUGUAUAUCUAAAAUAAGCUUGAUUCAAAAUGAACAGCAUCAUCAUCAUCCUAAAGGUUAGUCAGUUUCAUGUUUGUAAUUGGUGCAGCAUAUUUGUGGCUUUUUAUUGGUAAAGAACUUUACUACAUCAUCUACUGUAAUUUGAAAUAUUCUGUGUGAAAGUGUUUUUAGCAUGUAAUGUUAUAGUUGUAACAGUAUAAUAACACUGGCAGCUGUACUAUUAAUGCUGAAUUUGUUCUGAGUCCUUUAUCACUUCAUGUUUUUGUUCUCUGGUGUUCAUAACAACACCUUCUGGGGAAGAAACUGAGCACAAAAGGAGUGAAACGUGAAUAUGAUCAUUUUGGGGGGUUGAUUAGGCCAACAAUCAAAUCCCACAAACACACACUUCCCCAUGAAUAGCUGGAAUUCAUCAAACAAACAAUUUAUGAGAAGUUUUCCAAGUCAAGACAGUUAAGCUUGUUUGAACAACCUCACAGGAAGAGUUUCAAAAAGUUCACAAUAAGAAUGUGAAAAUGGGCCAGUGAUGUAUUUUCGGUUUCCUUUCCAAAUCAGACUGUAUCGGUAGCAUACUGUAUACUGUACAUGCCACUCUAAGUAUUUAGUCAUUUUGAAUAUUUAGCAUUUUAUCUUGAAAAAUGCCUCAGCUUCUCACUUUUUGACAGCUAUGCAAACUCUCCUCUGUCAGCAGCUAUAUAUUCCUCGAUGAACGGUGCACUCAUUUUUAGUGUAGUUUUCAGACCUGGAGUAAAGGUGAACAUUACAUUAUUUAUUUUCUGUUUUGCAUCUGCUGUUUGUGCAGUAUUUAAAUAAAUGCCUGAAUAAUG